AUGCCGGAAAUGGUCGAAACCUCCAAACCAUCCUUCGCAGCCAUCACCCCACCACCACCAAUAUUCGAUCCCGCAAUAACAUACUCACCACCUAGAAAGACAUCUCCAGCACCUCUACUACCCUCUACCAACCCUUCCUCUCCUCCACCAGCAACAGCAGAACCACCGCCACCACCAUACACACUUGCUUCAGCACCAAACCCAGGCUUCUGUCUCCUCGCAUUCAGCGAGCGUCACGCAAAUCGCACACCUGGUGGAGGUAUGACAGCGUCCCAGUACUACGCACCCUGUGCCGCAUGCGGUGCUGUAAUAGGCGACGAGAUAACAGCGGGCUACAAAGAAGGCUGGCGAUGGAUCGAUCCUAGCGUCAACUUCAGAUGGGAAAGUCAUCUUCCGAAAACGACGCGAAAGGGAAAUCAGGAGAUGGCAGAGAAAGGAAAUGGCAACGAAGUAGAUCUGGAGACAGGAGAAGCCACAAGACACGGGGACGGGGAGAGCUUGAGUUGUUGGAUAUGUUGGGAGUAUGAGGAGAAGUUCGUGGAGCCUAUGGGCGCGGAUGAUUGGUAUUUGCAUAUGAAGAGACAUUUUAAGGAUGAUGGGUUUAGGAUUUGUGUUGGGAAGACAGGAGGGAUGCAGAGGAGGAGGAAUUGUGGGGUUAGUAGUUGUCCUAAGAUACAUUCGUAA